UUACACUUUUCAUCGGCACCUUGCCAAGCUGGCUGGUUCGGCCCACGAUGUCAGUUUCAGUGUCAUUGUGCUCAAGACUGUGACGUCACUACCGGCCAGUGUCUAGCUGGCUCGAAAUGUCAGCAUGGGUGGUUUGGAACGGCUUGUCAAUAUCGUGCGUAAAGUACAUUAUCGACAUAUUUAUUUGUAUGUACACAUCUUAAAUAAAAUAUGGUCGUGUAUUAACUCCAGUCAGUGUGUACAAUUGUUAAACCGUAUGUCUUGCUAGUGACUUCCCGCAGGUAAAUGUUAACCUUAACUAUGCCGUAUUCCUUACAAUAAAAUUACAGAAGACGUGGCCAGUGUAAACUCCGCAGAAAUAACAGCAAACGUUGAGUUGUCAAGCCCAGACUGGAUAACUGACAGAGAUGACUCAACAUGUAACGGUGACGUCAACCUAGAGUCCAUUGUUGUGACUUGGAUUGACGCUGCUCCAUUCACCUGGUUGAGAUUU